AUGUCAUCAACCGUUCAUAAAAAAACAUUAUCUAAACAUGAUUUCCAACAAUUGGUAAUGAUCAAUGAUCCAUCAAUUUCACUAAUAAAACCUUCCAAUGCACGAUCUGAAUUGUGGUCAAAAUUUACUCAAUUGCAUCAUUUGAAUAUUGCACAAAAUUAUAUUGUUUGUAAUCUAUGUCGUGUUGUAUUAAAGUGGACCAGUGAGACAGGUACAAAAGUGAUGAAGAAUCAUAAUUGUGAAAAUAAAUCAUCAUCAAAAACAUCAACAACACCUUCACGUCAACGUACCAUAUCGUCUUAUAUGCCACCAGCUCCGGAUAAUUAUUCAUCAAUUAAAGAUCGGAUUGUUGAAGCAUGUGUUGAGUUUUGUGCACUCGAUGGUAGACCAUUUGAUACAGUAACCGGUGAAGGUUUUAUUAACUUGGCAAAGCAGCUGAUGAAUGCCGGUGCUCUUAUCGGAACAGGAUUCUCUGUGAAUGAUUUAUUACCACAUUCAACAACUGUUUCACGUAAUGUUGAUCGUGUUUAUACUAGACUUAAAGAUCAAUUAAUUCUUUUAUGUCAGAACGUGGAGCAGUUCGCAAUUACAUGUGACUUUUGGUCUGAACCUCACACUGGUUUACAUUACUGCGGUAUUAGUUUACAUUUCACUGAUGAUAAUUAUUAUUUACGAAUAUUCAUAUUAGCUUGCAAGUUAUAUGAUCUUCCAAAUCAAAAAGCACAUAAUAUUCGUGAUUUCGUAAAUACAAUAGUGGAAGAAUUCGGUCUUAAACUUAAUGAAGAUAUGUUCGUUGUAUCCGACAAUGAACCGAAAAUGGCUUGUGCAUUCAAGGAUGAUACAACAAGAGUUGGAUGCAGCGCCCAUUACAUCAACAAGAUUCUUGAGCAUCCAUUUGAAUUAGAUGAACCACUUUGUGCUGGUGUUCAAAAAUUAUUUUUGAUAGUACGAGAUAUUAUUAGUUAUAUUAGUCAAAGUCAUAAACAAUCGUCAUUAUCUGUAUGCAUUCAGAAUUAUUGUAAAACACGUUUUAGCACGGUUUAUAUAAUGCUAAACACAUUUCUUAUGGUUUAUAAUGAAUUACCAUCUGUUUUAAAUAACAAUCAACGACAAAAUUAUUUAAAAAUCAAUUUCAUCGAAUUAGAACAAUUAACAAAAUAUUUGAAACAUUUUCAUGAUGUUUUGGAAAAACUCUGCUGUGAACAAACGCCAACCUUACAUUUAGUGAUUCCAUACAAGCAGUUGUUAAUUAAUAGAUCAACAAAAAAUGGUGAUGAUCAUCAAAAUUUAAUUCAAUUAAAACGUUAUCUGUCUCAACAUUUGAAAGAUUAUUAG